AUGCAAAUCAUUGUUAAAAAUAUCACUGGAAAAUGCAUCGAAAUCGAAGUUGAAGCUUGCGACACUAUAUUGAGUGUCAAACACAAGAUACAAGAAAAGGAAGGGAUCGAGCCAAAACAUCAAAGGCUAAUCUUUAAAGAGAAACAGCUCGAAGAAAGUAAAAUGUUGUCCGAGUAUGACAUCCGAAACGGGAGCACCGUCCACUUGGUACUCCGUCUUCGCGGUGGCUUCUAA